AUGUCUGCUUCACAAUCAACCAAGAAACGAAAAACCUGGGAUGAAGAAAAAAUGGCAGAAGCUAUAAAAUUCGUCCGGGGAAAUAAAAUGGGAUAUUUGAAAGCAGCACAGAAUUUUGAAAGAAAAGCUGCUAUAGCAACAGUCAUAACAUCUUCACCCUACAAAAAUUAUUUAGUAAAUAAAAAUAUGAAGAGACAAGAAAAAGAAAGUAAGACAAAGAAUAAGAAGAAAACUGCGAAGAGAAACAAACAAACGAAGAAAAAUAGAAAUGAUCGUGAAGAAGAAGACUCUGAGGAACGGGACGUCAUCCAGUUUGAUGAAGACAGUGAACAUGAUCAGUUGAUGGACCAAGUAUCUCCUGACUCUGCUGAUGCAGAAUGUAUGUUCUGUUCAAACCUUUUCUCCAUGGAUAAAAGUGGAGAAAGC